GACGAGUGUUGGGUAAUGUUACCAAAGGUCUUUCCUCCCUUCUGGUCAUUUGCACAGAGGACACUAGGAGAAGAGAAUGGCAAAGAGAAGGUGAUGGAACCUCACAUUGUGAAGUUUGUUGAGGACUCCCCGUCAUCAGUGUGGCUGUUGAGUUUUGUGACACUGAAUUCAGAGAUGAAGAUCCUUUACCUUCUCUUGGCUGUUCUCCUCAUUGUGCUCCAAAGAUCUUUAGGUUUCAUGCGUUUACCUAACGACGAGGCACAAUGUGAGCAGGCAGGUGGGAUCUGCUCCAAGAACCACUGCUUCCAUCUCCAUUCCAGAGCCUUCGGGCGCUGCCAGCGAGGGGUCCAGUGCUGCCGGGCUGUGUACGACUAAUAUUUGCCAGGACCUCAGACCUGCUAAGCAGUUCUUCUGGUGAUGUAAGAGAUUCAUCAACCUGAAAUUUGGGGCUGAAAAUACAGGUUUAACGUGCACAUAUGAGUGCACCAAAGGCUGAACAGAAGUGGGAAGAAAAUGAACACUUUGGCAAACAAAUGAAUUGACCUGAAGGGACUCCAGCAGUGGUUACUGAACCACACAGUGAAGACUAGUGUUCCUUUUCUUUUCUGAAAUAAAACAGUUUCUAGCAAAAUUUCACUGCAUCCCCCAUGAGAAGAUGCAGGGCAGAUUCUUGCCUUGGCCUUCAGAUCAGAUGCUCGUAUUUUUCUUUUCUACUUAGUAUUAUUAAUAAUGGAAUUAACAUUAAAAGACAGAGUCUCCAGGAGAGGCUGGAUUAACAGCUGAGGGUUUCAUACUUUGUAGACCUUUAUGCAUUUUAAUAAGUGUUCCCCAGAAGACUUGUGUCUGAUCCUGAUACCAGCAAGGAAUUGUCUUGGUUUGUGUUUUUGCUGGAAGUCCUGGCUCCCAUCUCACCCAGGGUUAGUGUGACGUGAUAAAAAACCCACGUACAGACAAGAAUAUGGCCAGAUCCUCUUCCUUAUUACAUUAACAAGCAAAGUCCAACAACAGCUUGUACAAACCCCUGUGAAUGGGUUAGUAGAAGACUGGCACAAAAGGACUAUGUGCAUGGCUCGUGGCACUCCAAAACCAGUUCAUAGCAGCUCACGGGGAGGAAAGCGUAGGUAACUUUAUCCAUUGCUCAUCUGACAUCUUUUUGUUCUUUGCAUUAGCUCUCUAGUGUGCUAAGCACAUGGGACAACAUGCUAUGCCAUACUAUCCCAUCUCAUCUCAUCUCAUCCCAUCCCACAUGAAUGUGUUUGGGGACUUUCACUCAUUUUUCUGCUGCUUUUUUUGAAACAUUAGCAAGUUUGUUGGCAACCCUUGGAACAAAAUGGGACACUUCUAUACCUCUUAACAGUGGAGACUCCAGGCUGAUGGACAUGCAUCCAGACAGCACAAUGCUGUGACAAAUUGUUUACUAUUUAGCAUUCAGGGAAGCAACACCCCCUGCUGAUGUAGACAAAAUGCAGGCAGUGGGACCAGAAUCACAUAGAUUCCAUGAGGUGGUUUCAAGACCUAAAGAACUUGUCCUUCUGCCAUGCUGGGUUUCUCUGUGUUGACAUUCCCAGUACUUCAUGUUGGGUUGACAGAGGACAGGAGAACAGACCCAACUCUGAACCCCAGCCUGUUGCUCUGGACUAUUGGUGCUCUUUGGUGUACUAAUGUGUGUUGCCACACAGAUUGCUGCAACCCACACACUUUAAGGAUGAUUUACUAGGAGUCAAUGACACAUCCAUGUAAAUUAAGUUAAUUUAGUUAAAUAAGCUUCAUUUACAAGUUGAUUUUUGUAGACAGUAUUAAAAACAAAACCACCCUGACAUACACCAGCGAAUGUCAGCAAUGUGGUUUCACUUUGAAUUGUGUUUAUUAGAAAUGAAGCUGCAAAUCUCUACCAGAGGUACAAGAAUUCUUCCUCAGAUCUUCUCAUGCUCCCAGGAGUCUUCACCCUGGUGGGAAAGGCUCCUUGGCUUUGCAGCAAAGUUCAAAGAUCCAGUGAUGUCAUAAGGCAG